AAAAAGGAGCGCGAUGCAGUAAAUGGUUGCCGGAGGCAGCUGCCGCCCUCUUGUGCUGGGGAUGCUCGUUCUCCUCAGAACGGCAGCUGCCGCCCGCGCAGCGCCGGCUCCAUCUCCCGGUGCGCGCCGUGGCCGCCCGUGGCACGCUGGGAGUUGUGGUCCUGCGGCUCCGCCAUGGGGCGAGGGCCCGCCCGCCCCGCGCUUCCCGCUGCGAGUGGCGGCUCCGUCCGCCCUUUGCCCCCUCGGCGGCUCCCUCCCCUCAAGCCCCUCCCUUCCUGCUGCGGCUUAAGAUGGCGGCUGAGGUGGAUUUCGGGGACCGCCAGCUCUUCGAGCAGCUAGAGGAGGAGGACAGGCCGCCGCCGCUGCCUCGCCUCGGCUGCGAGGAGGAGGAGGAGGGUCCCGAGAAAGCCCUGCAGGAGCUGUACGCGAGGCUGCGGGACCGCGACGAGACGGUGCGGCGGCUCCGGGCGGAGAAUCAAGAACUUAAAAGGAAGCUGAAUAUUCUGACUCGUCCUAGUGGAAUAUCAGUGGACAACUCCAAAAUCGAUGGACCUCUGCUACAGAUUUUAUUUAUGAACAAUGUAAUUUCUAAGCAGUAUCAUCAAGAAAUUGAAGAUUUUGUUUUUAAUUUAGUUCAGAAAUAUGAGGAGCAGAAGAGAAGUGAACAAGAAAAAACACACUUCAAUGUUAAGCCACAGCCUUCCAGUGUUCUUUUGGAAGAGGAUUGUAAAACAGCAAGCUCAAAUUCUGUUAAAAAAAUUAAAGAAGCUUUUAGUGUUGUAGGAAGUGUUCUGUAUUUUACCAAUUUUUGUCUCGAUAAACUGGGACAGCCUAUAUUAAAUGAGAAUCCACAGCUGACAGAAGGAUGGGAAAUACCUAAAUACCAGCAAGUUUUCAGCCAGAUUCUCUCCCUAGAUGGACAAGAAAUACAAGUAAAACCAAAAAGCAGGCCAAAACCUCAUUGUUUCAAUUGUGGUUCUGAAGACCAUCAAAUGAAGGACUGUCCAAAGCCACGAAAUGCAGCUCGUAUAAGUGAGAAGAGAAAGGAGUUUCUGGAAGCUUGUGGUGAAGCGAGCAAUCAGAAUUUUCAGCAGCGUUAUCAUGCAGAAGAAGUAGAAGAGAGGUUUGGAAAAUUUAAACCAGGAGUAAUUAGUGGGGAACUUCAAGAUGCACUUGGUGUCACAGAUAAGAGUCUUCCUCCGUUUAUAUAUCGCAUGCGUCAGCUGGGUUAUCCUCCAGGUUGGCUCAAGGAGGCUGAAAUGGAGCACUCGGGGCUUGCGCUCUAUGAUGGAAAAGAUGAUGGUGGAACAGAAGAUGAAGGAUCUCAUCAACCAAAACGCAUCACUUACGAUGUCUCGAAGUUGAUAAACUAUCCGGGCUUUAAUAUAUCCACUCCAAGCGGGAUCCCAGAUGAAUGGCAGAUAUUUGGUUCCAUUCCCAUGCAGCCGUCUCAACAGAAGGAUGUUUUUGCUAACUACCUUUCGAAUUUUCAUGCGCCAAGUCCAAAAUCUAGCAAUAAAAGGGCUGCAUCUCAGUCAAGCUCUCAUCAUUCAAAGCGACCAAAAGAAGACAAUUUGGAGGUGCCAGUAACUGACAUGGACAUAGAUUCUGAUCUGGAAGUGUCACAAAGAUCUCAAACUCAUAACAGUUUUCAGUUCCAACCUCCGCUGCCACCUGGACGUCCAUCGAUGUCAACUCCUCCUCCUUUACCACAAGGAACACCUCCACUAAAUCUUACACCACCUCAACCUUCAACACCCACCCCCCCUCCUCUUCCUAGGACUACUCCACCAUCAAAUCCUUCCGGUGAUAUUCCUCAGCCAAAAAUAGUGGAUUCAGUCAUGGAUGAGGAUACUCUGACCUUGGAAGAGCUAGAGGAACAGCAGCGAUUAAUCUGGGCAGCACUAGAGCAGGCAGAAAGCACAAACAGUGACUCUGAUAUUCCUGUUGAUACACCUUUAACUGGAAAUUCUGUUACAUCAUCACCAUCUAGGAACGAAGUAGAUCUUGUUGCAGAAGUAAGGUCAUCUGGUAAGGUGAUUACAGUGGAAACUACGUUUUCUGACAUCAGUGAACAGAUACCAGAAAAUGAACAUUCUAUAACUAGUCCUAAUCCAGGAGAUAGUUUACUUAACUUAAAGGAAAAUCCUGAUAAUACAGAUUCAGAAGGCUUGCUGGAUAACACCAUGCCUGCUCCCAACCAUGAGGUUAACGAUGGAGAAAAUACAGGUGGAGAUAAAGUGGUCACAAGCACUGAACCAUCUGCAAAAAACUCCAGUCUUGUUCCUGAUAUGAGCAAGUUUGCUGUAGGCAUAACACCAUUUGAAUUUGAAAAUAUGGCAGAAUCAACAGGUGUUUAUCUACGAAUAAGAAGCGUGUUAAAAAAUUCCCCGAGAAACCAGCAAAAGAAAAAGACUUCGUCUUAACUGGUCUUCCUCUGUUUCAUUAUGUCCAAAUCCCUGCUUCCUUCUCUCGCCUCCUCCAGUUUUACGAACUUGGAUAACUUUCCUCAUCCUUUUGUGGGAAGGAGAAAAUCUAGACAAAUACAGCUCUACCCCGUUCUUCCUUGGAAUUGAAGUCAGUGCAGGGCUUCCGUAUUGACCAGGACCACCAAUGUGGUCAGAAAAUAUAGAAGAAUUUCCCCAAGUUGCUUCUUUCCGCUAAGGAAUAACAGGACUGUUGAUUUGUUCAGAGCAUUUUACAUGCCAAUACAUGAAACUCUAAAAAGAGGAGUUUGUGGUUUGCUGUUCAUUACUUUGGCUAAGAUUUAUAUAGUCCUUGAGUUUCAGGUGGAUUGGUGAUUUUUUUUUUUUUUUAUAUCUGUCCUUUGUACAAUAAUCUAUACUUUAUACAUUUUGCUAAUUAUCCUGUAGAUAAGUUUAAUAUAUUCAGGAUGUUUUUAAAAAGGUCUAACAUUAAGAUUUCCCACGUUAAAAUCCUGACAAUUGGAUGAAAAUAAUCAGGGAUUACCAGCAUUAUCUUCGCCAUUUCAAAUAUUUUUAUAAAUUAUUUAUGUGGGUCAGUUUUAAUUACCACUGUAUCUUUUGUAACAUCAUCCUUCCUGUAAACUUGCUGUACAUACCUGUUCAUUGUUGUGUACAGAGGUUUAAUAAAUGAGCUUUUAUAUAAAGAUUUUUUAAUUGGAGUCCUAAACCAUCAAAGUGCUGAUUUUUGAAAAUUAAGUACCGAAGAGAAUUAGAAAAAGCAGCUAAUUAAAAUGCGCAGGAAUAAAGUUACAUAUUUUAGGAACGUUCCCAACUAUUGGGUUCAGGUUUUCAUAAUCAAGAAGCUGUUCAAAUUAUUUUAGCUACUUAAAUAGAACGUUGCCAUACCAUUCAGUUUUCAUAAUCUGAAGAAUUGCUUGCUUCUGAAAGCUUAAAAGUGUAAUAAUUCUGCUGAUUAAUUGUUCUAACACUCUUUUCCCUUCUUCUCUUAAUUGUCUUCAGAGGGCCCUGUGGGUGGAAUGACUGUACGUUGUUUGCAUUGCCAACAGAGGGAGUACUAGAUUGACUUAACAGUAUUCGUUGGAGCUGGUAAAGCAUUUGUUUGUCCUUGUAUAAAUGCAGGAAAAAAGCCUUUCUCGACAAAUGCGACACGUGGUAAACCAAAAGUAUAUUCAGGUAUCCAAGAAAAGACUUGUGAAGGGGGGAUGUUCAACGGUGUUUUUGUUAAAGGUAACUUCAGAGACAGAACUUAUUCUUUAAAAUCCUCAACUUUGCAGAUAGUACGUAUUUCCCGCAGAUCCUUAUAAUAUAUGAUAUUAGUACACUCUGCUUUCAAAUGCUUCAAAGAACCCCAGGCUUUCUGUAGUUAAAGCUUUUGUCUUUACUUCCUUUUUUUGCUCUAAACUUUACAGGAGGGAAAACCGAAGUGUCUUUAUGUAUGAACUGCUCGUCUUCCAAGAGACUGAAAAAACUUUUGCAGCAUAUACCAGUUCAGUUUAUGUGGUUGCAUUUCGAAAGUAGUGGUGAAGGUAAAUGUUCAUCGUAUGUGCUAAAAUGGAAGGCUUUUGCCUUUUCAUCUUUUAUAGGAGAAAUAGUAUUGCUUUCUGUAACAGCAAUGGGUAACAAAAUAAUAUGUUUUUUCCAGCUUCUACACACUUUACAAACAAAUCACUAUUGGGAAGCAUGUAGAGAUCUUGUCCUUUCUCCAUGCCUCCUCCUCCUCCCGUGGAGUUAAGACUGGUAAUGACAGUGCACAGAAGCCAUUGUGCUGCGUGCUGCAUCGUUCGCAUGUGGAUGAUAACGUGAUGCAGGGCAUGAGGUAAUGAUUUCAAGUGUACACACCUUUUGGGUGUGUUGAGGUGCUCAUAUUGUAAACAUGCAGUUCUCUUUCCACACCUUGGGAGAUCUUUUUUUAAUAGCUCUUAGGAAAUACUGCCUCUUUAGUAGGACAGGCAGCCUAACCUUUACAGGAGUACUUGUGUACUUCUGCCUUGCUUACAGAUGCUGCAAGAUGAAAAUCAUCUUUAUGUGCUUAGUACCCUUUAGUGCUCUCUGUGUUUACAAUAAAUUCAUAAUAAAUCACCCUUACACCUAAUUGCUCAGAAUAAUUGAAGAUAAGUCUUCAAUGUUUGUACAGAUUCUCAGACUUACCGCUAAAGUAGCUGUUAACUUUAUUGCUUCCAAGAUUUAUACCAAAGGUAUUAGGGUAAGAGUAAAAUGAAGUCAUUUCAGCAACAUGGCUUUUAAUGUAAUGGUAAAUUCUAUUUAAAUAUGUUAAAUCCUUAGUUUUAUAAAGCUUUGCGUUUUAAAUUGUUCAGCAUUUUUUAUCACUUCGGCCACUCUUGUAUUUGCUGCACACGAACUACUUGGAGAUACGGAUCCCUUCCAUUUUUAGAAGAUGGUGCCUUCUGGUAUCUAAAGCAAAUAUUUUGGGGGGGCACUUGGAGCAGGAAUGGACUGUGUUUGGGUCCACAUUCUAUGUCCACUGAAAUUUCUGUCCAAAGUGACUAGACUGACUAGUUGUUCAAGUCAGUAAACGUUUUUGUCCUUCACAUGUGGUCUGCUACCACCGGAAGCAUGCAACCCACGCUGUCACACUUGCAUACAGGCAUGAAGUAAAAUUCCCACAACUGGGAUUGUUCCCGUUUAAGAACUUUGUUUUUUAAUAUAACAAAAGACUCUAGGCUUUUGUAAAUACGGAGUUGUCUGUGUGCUCAGAAUUAUUUUUUAUAGUGCUUUUGUGCUUCUUUUGCAAAACUGUUAGCAGAUGUUUAGACCUGCUCCUUUUAGUCUUGGUAUUAUCCCUGUCUGUCUUUCAUUUGUUAUUCUUUUGCCUUUCAAAUUGUAAACAAAACUUAUAAAAGUUCCUGUAAUUGUUCUUUUUUCUUAAAAUAAGAUUUUUGUAGUGCUUAUGUUUUGAUGUCAGAAAAGCGGACAGUCUUUUGCAGGAACUGUAAUGUUUGGUUUUAACUUGCAGUAAUUGAUUUGAAAUAAGGGUAAUCAUAAAAAAUACUGGGCACUCAGAGGUAUCUUUCACAUAAGAUAAGUAUGUAAAUCUCCUUUAAAUCUCGUCUUUCAGAUUUUCCUUCCUAUGGAGGUGGCAGUCAGUAUGAGAAGGUUGAGCAGAACCAAUGACUAAAACUCCUACUGUAUUUACCUCUGCU